AUGAGUGUACAGCAGCCGUCUACUCCUGCAGGGGACAACCCUAACCCCAUCGUGUUUUUUGAUAUAACACUUGGAGGUGAACCACUUGGACGUAUUAAAAUAGAGCUAUUUUCAAAAGUUGUACCUCGUACAGCCGAGAACUUCAGACAGUUUUGUACCGGUGAGACGAAGAAUGCUCGUGGCCGGCCGCAGGGUUACAAAGGCUGCAAGUUUCAUCGAGUUAUUAAAGACUUUAUGAUUCAAGGUGGAGAUUUUAUUAAUGGUGACGGAUCUGGUCGAGCAUGCAUAUAUGGGACAGGCUCGUUUGCAGAUGAAAAUUUCAACCUCACUCACGACGGACCGGGUGUGCUUAGCAUGGCUAAUUCUGGACCUAAUACCAACGGUUGCCAAUUCUUCAUAACUACCACCGCCACGCCAUUUCUUAACAACAAACACGUUGUUUUUGGCCGUGUGGUGGAUGGUAUGGAUGUUGUACGGAUGAUAGAGAAUACGCGAACUACGAGGGAUAAGCCUAACCAGGACGUUGUGAUUGCACAGUGCGGAGAGAUGUAA